AUGGUGAAAGAAGUAUAACCGUAAUUAUUGUAUUUGUACCCCAAAAACAAUGUGACCCAGUUCUACUAAUGUCAUGUGACUCUACACGUGGCCAAGAUCGCAGAGAAAUUACCCAUAUUGCAACACGAGAAUGAUGAAUUUUUUUUAGCAAAAUGGCGGAUGUUUAAUAAUGACAUGUGUGUAUGAAGAUAAUGGCUCGCACCAAAAAACAGACUUUAGAGAAUGCCACUGAACGCAAGCGUCAAAUUCAAGAGGAAAUCCUCAAAGAAACAGAGGCUAAAAAGUCUAAAGAGGAGUUGUCCACCCAUUCCAAAGAACAAUUGAAUUGUGCAAAAUCAAAAACCAUUAAAAACAUGAAAAUAAACAGUUCAAACUGCGCAGUGAAAGAGGAUUUAAUCUGUAACGGCUCACACUCCACUAAUAGUUCACCCAUUAAAAGCGGAGAAGAUCUUCCCAAGGCAGUGAUAUUCAUCUCGGAUAUAUGCAGGAAUCAAAUUAAGACCUGCGGGAGUCAAGAGGAGCUGUGCGAUUCAUCUAGUAAAGAUACACAGACUCAGGGUGUGGCUACUUCGACUGGAGCAGCUGAUAAAAGUGGCUCCCCUGAGGUGUUAAAGGGCAGCCCAAAGAGCCCAAGAUACUCUGGAAACAAGAAGAAUGCUCACAAUGCAUCAUUGGAGACUCUGAAAGCAGUCUCCGAGAAAGUACGAGAAGAGAAGAGCAGGAAGGCAAAAACAUUUCAGGGUCUGUUUAAUGGCGAGUCUAACAUUAGUUGGCCCAGCAUGCCAAGCCUUGAUUCUGACUCCCAUGUUUCGCCUGAAACGUCCCAUGUGGAAGAUCCUGCUCCUUCUGCCGAUGAUAAGCUCAAAGUUAACAUCUUCACCGAAAACUUGGGGGUAGAUUUAGGUAAGAGGGUUCGUUCACCUCGGCGGAUAAGUGAGGAUAUGAUAGCACUGCCCAUCUUCUCUGCUCGUAAGUGGAGCGCCUCGCCCAAAGAAGUCUCUCACUUGGGCAAACCCAAUGAGGAUUGCUCAGAUGAUGACUUACGUCCAUCAAAGAAUGACCAUCAGAGUGAUUCAUUCAAGUCACCACAGAUUGUGUGUCCCGAUUCCAACAGAAAAAUAUAUCCCAAAGCCUCUUCUUCAACUCUUGCGUCGUUUCAUGCGGAGAACCCUGGAGUAAAAACUAUCAAUGGUUUGGAUGAUGAUAGAACGAAGGUCACAGCUCCGUGUCACCAAUCAGGAGAUGCCGAUCUAGAAAAAUGUAAAUCGACAAAAGGUAGCAAUGGUUUGAACCACGAUAAGAAUCCGGUCCAGAACAAAACCAAAGGGAAUGAACCCUGCAAAGAGGUUGGAAGAUCCCUUCUUUGUGCUAUGUUGAUAGGAGGCACAGAAGUUGCAGAUCAUUACACACAAGACCGUGUGAGGUACAGGUCCCAUACGUCCGAGAGCUCGGAUGUUGAUGGAGUAAUUGCAAGUCAGUGCUCUAAUUCAAACAAAACAGCUCACAAUGCUCUGAACACAUUGAAUAAAGAACAAAAAUCAAAGAAAGUCAUCUCUUCUAAUGAAGGGAACACAGUCAAGAAAAAAGACAAUGUUUCUUUCUUGGAUAGGGAUAAUGAUAACAAUGAACCUAAAAGAAUUACUUCAGAUUCUAAGUCAGAAGUGAAAUAUAAAACCAUUAACUUUUCUUCGAGGUUGAAAAUGUUGAAUGAGGAUGUAUUAAAGCUGCUGGAUAUCGAUACAGCGGCAGAUUUUCUAGAGGCAGACUCAUCUACUGCUGUGAUAACUGAAGACAACGGUUCAUCCCCAGAGGAAAAAGAAUUGCUGAGAGAUGUUGAAAAAGGGCUUUACCGUUUGAUUAACUCUCUGGGUGCUAGACUAAGUAACACCAGUGAGGUGAUGCCCGACUCAACGCCAGUAGAUAAAGAGUUAGUCAGACAGCUAAUACAGUCUUGCCCAAAGACAUCUCAUUGUAUUGCAUCCAAGUCUGACUCUAUGUCUAGAUUGGAGCUACUACAGAAGAGGUUAAAGGAGAAAUUAGGAAAGGAUGAAAAUAAAUUAUCAGAACCUAGAGAGGACGAUGUUGAGAAAACUUUAGAGCCUGUAAACAUGCUUUCAAAUUCAAACAGCAUAGCUUCAGUUUCACCUACAGCAUCUUCCAAUAGCGCGUCACCACGGUUACGGUUAAGUGAUAGCUUAUCUGAGCUGGAUGUCGAUGCUAUCACUCUAGCAGCUACUAGUGCUGUGCACAAUGAGACAGAUAGUUCUGGCCCGAGUUCUCCUAAAGAUAAGCCAGAUAUAGAUCCAGAAAAAAAUUUAGAUAAACCAGAUAACGCAAAACCUUUGACAAAGUCUGAGGUACCAGACAUCUGUAGGAAUGAUUCUAGUUCUCCUGUAGGCAGUUUUAAACAAAGCAGCAGUAGCUCGCUAAAUUGUUCAAAGUCCUUUUCUGUUAUAUCCACUAUAAACUGCAAUAAAGAAAACCAAAUUAAAUCCAAACUUGGUAGCAAGAUUCCAGUUCCAGGCACCAGCCAUGCUUACAGGUCGUCUAAAAGAACCUGGAGGUUGCCAAGAACAGUUCUAGAACCUAAACCUUUGUCCAUUCUUUCCGAGGUGGAAGAGAGCUCUGUAGAGCCUAAAAAUAUUUUCACAUGCCCAAACCUCCAAAAGUAUUUGAGCACCCCGUCCAACAGAAUGAUUGUACCCACAGACAAAAGAGAAGAAAUGCAAGCAGCAGACGCCAAAGCAAAAGAGGAAGAAGAAAUAAUGCAAAAAAUCGAAACCCAAGAGGUCAAGCAUGAAGAGUCACACACUUUUCAACAUGGUGACCCGGAUUUUGACGAAGUAGAUGGUGUUCUUUUCAUUUCUUUUUCUAACGAAACAGAGCUCAAGGCUCAUUUGCAGGUUGAGAAGUUAUUGGACUGGGAAAAAGAUGAUACUAUGCUCAGAAUUUGCAGAGCCAGGGCAUUUGAGGAAGCUAAAUCUAACAAUGAAGAUAUGCGACAAUUUAAAUUAAAACAACUCAGGGGUCAGCAUAUGCGCUGGAAAAAGUAUCGUAAGCUCUUUAGUGACGAAGUCGACCGUUUAUUAGGUAAAAAGGUCGACGAUGAGCCAGAAACUGAAACUCUGGAUGUUUCAAGGAAGACUUCAGACAGAACUAAAAUAAAAGGCUGGAGAAAAAGACUUUCUAAUGGUAAAAGGAAGGUGUCUGAUGAAGGUGCGCAUACAUUCAAUGGUAUGCCACAUCUUGAAAACUCAUUUGAGUAUGAACAAAAUCAGAAACUGUUGCUCAACGAAAACAUUUCUCCUGCCUUCAGCCACAAACAUCUAUUUAGAGCAUUGCACAUGGACAAGGAAGACUGCAUGAUUCACCUCAAACUAGGAGGCUGGUCUCCAAGGGGCACCUUGUCAAAGCCUCUGUCCAGGAUGAGUGUUGAUAGACUGGACAAUUCUAUGGACAGCUCUUUUGACAGUAGUUUUCAAAGAGAUAUUAAAAAGGAAAUUUUACCUGAUUCCUAUAAUAGUGGUGAUAAUUUAAUAGAUUCAAUGGAAUUUGCAGAGACUAUGGAUAGUAAAAAUUUCCUUUCGAAUUGUAACAAGAAGAGUAUUAGAAGACAAGAUAACCAAGUUAUCUACCCUGUGUUAACUGAAACAAUGGCUAUAGAUGCUUUGAAUGCGUUACAACUUCAAGACAUUCAAGGCUGCACCAGGAAGAGAAGUAAUAGAUCUAGAUCUAAUAGAAAACGGAAAAGGACAUCUUUGGAGUCUAGAGUUGCAAGGAAGAGACCAGAGUCUAAUAACCAUACAUCAUCCUUGAAACACGGUGCACCUGCUGUCCGGUCUUCUCCUGCAUCUUCUGGCAGCAGUGUCCCGACGGCAGUGUCUGCCCCCACAAUGCCACUACUUCGGGAUUUUAAAGAAGAGCCGGUGACGGAAGGUGUGGACAUAACAGCUGACGGUGUUUCUAGUCCCUCCAUUGCUGACACAUCAUCGCUAAAGUCUUGCAGUAAACCAGGUUGCCGCUAUGGCUGUAUCUGUCAUCUCUGUUCUGUUGGUGAUGUAAACGCUCCAGCUUUAAGCCCCAAGUCCAAGUCUGUGACUGCCUACUGUGAGAAAGAGUACUGCAGGCUUGGCUGCAUCUGUGAUACCAUUGAUUCUGAAAAACCAAAGCCGAGUUCCUAUCUUAGUGGUAGGCGAUCAUCCUUACUGCACUUGAGCCAGCACGAACUUGGCCUUCCGGAUGACAUCAAUGACAUUCCAUAUCUUCCGUCCUAUAGAAAACGUCCUAAACCAGGAGAACGUUUUUCCAACCUACCUCAGCGUGAGAGAACUCACAGGGCUUCUAAAAACUUGGAUGCCAUUACAAGAAAAGCUAUGAUGCUGUAUGAAACCAGUGAGAUCUACUGUAAAAAGGUGGAGAGAAUUAGGAAAAAGCCAGAGAACUUGUCUAGUCCAACAGUUUUACCUUCGGUCAGUUCUUCACUCCAGAGCAGCCCCAGUGAUUCAGAGCAUAAAUCUUUUUCUUCCAACUCGAAAGAUGAGUUUGAAAUUUGUACAGAAUAUGCUGAGGAAGAUGACAGCUUUGCAUCUUUUCCUGAGUCCAUUUGCAAAACAGAGACUUUGGAUUCAAUGGAUACCAGCACCCCAGUCAUGCAGCAAAAACCUAUUCCCCGUUUUUCCCAGUCCAUUGUUGAUGUCGAUGAUAUUAUAAAAAUUAUACCUGUGAUGGAGCCAUCGGCUCACAAAAGAAAGAGAAAGAGUCAUCCUUUGUCCAAUGAAAUUUUUACUUCUUCAACUUGCGCCAGAGCUCAGCCAUUCAAAAGCCAACUGCUAGUCAAAGACAAAAUUUGGGCAAGAAAAUCUAUUGACUGUCUACAUGCUAAUCCGUCUUCUAAAUUUGUUGACAUUAAUUCUGGGUUUGAACCCAACAAAACUGAUUGUGAUAAUCUUCAAAAAGAUACGGACCAUGUGACUUUUUCAGAAUAUGCUAAAGCACCAUCAGAAAGUGCUCCUUCAAGCUCAGGUGUACCAUCAGUAAGUCCUAUAGGAGGAAUCACAUCAGAAAAUAUUUCUAUUAUUUCAAAAGCACCUUUAACAAAAAGUGCUUCCGCAAUAACCAAAGUUUCCUCAGAUGCUCUUAUGGAGAAUAGUUUAAAUAAAAAUGUGGAGUCAAAUUUAGCAGCUAGAAAAUCAGGCAAAAAUCCUAAACAACUUGAAAACUCCAUUCCAAACGAAACUGCAACUUUAAAGCAGCAAACAUCACCUCAGGGUGCCCUCGUCAACUCUGGCAGCCUCUUUGGGGCACCCAAGCAACAUCAUGGAUGGCACACCUCUAUGGUUUGCCUCAAAGCUAGGGCUCCUCCAAAGCUCCAAAACCUUUCUGAGGACGACAUCCAGGAGGAGGAUGAGGUGAAGCUGCUGGAGUUUGCUGCCAACUGCAAUUGGGAAGGCGCCAAGAAGGAGAUUCUUGGAAAGGUUGCUCAGUGUCUCACUCGUGGCCAGUACCCACAACCCAGAACUAUGAAUGUUUGUGAAUUUGUUGUCGAAAUUUUGCCUAAAGCUCAGCAGCCCAGUCUUAUUCCCCCUGAAUUGAGGUCAAAGUUGCCAGAUCAGAUGUUUUCGAUUAGAGUCCGCAUCACACGAAGAGAGCAAAUGGCAAAUGAUGUAGACAUCGAGCAACCAGUAAUAGACCUUAGUGACUCAUCUCCUGUGAAAAGAAAUGGACAGGGCAAGCAGCAGCAGUCACUUUUAAAUACCAGUUUAACUGAGCCAACCACUUCAUCCUCUAUUGGCAUUUCUGGCUUGAGUAAACUGUGUAUCUCUAACCCACCCAUCUCUCUCUCCAAGCCAGAUUCGAAUGUAACAUACAGACCUGUUGGCUUCAUACUCCAAGCUUCUAAUGCCCCUACUAAUUUGGAAACAACCACUUCUAAAAGCAAAUCUCUGUUGGGUAACACAAUAGUCCUCAGCAAGCAAGAUCCUUUCUCCCUAACUUCAUCAGGUACCCAGACAUUGGUCAAGCCCAAAGGGCUAGUCAUGAUCCCUGGCUCUGUGGACGCCUCUAGCAGUACCCAAGUGCCUUCCUCACAAGGACUCAAGUGUCCCGCCAACAAAACUCAACUCCUUGUGUCGCAGAGUAAUUUCAAGCAUAUGAAAUUGCCCAAGAAGCCAGGCAGUAUAGUAGAGGUUAUUGUGGAACCUCCCAUUGGAAAGCAAAUCAUCUCUGUCCCUAUAGCUAAAGGGAAAAUGGCCAAAGGAAAUCAGAGAUCUUUGUUGAGUGUGCCCAUCACUCACGUGCUACCUCAGUCUUCUCUCAAAGGUAAAUCCAGCCUGCAGAGUGGGCAAAAGCCCAAUACCAGUCGGGGAAAAGGAACAUCCUCUGCUGUAUCUCAUGAAAGUAAGAAAGAAUCCACGCCUUCCCCCUUAUCAAAAUUGGAAGGCUGUAAAGAAGAACAAACAAUUUUGGUGUUUGAAGCUACUCACCUUAAAUCAUCUAACGAGUCAUUGUUGGUAAAGCAAGAGAAUAUGGCUGAUGACCUAGAUAAAGUUGCUGCUAAAGUUUCUCCCGCUGGCUUCACGCCUAUAGUUAAGUUAGAAAACAAACAGUGGCAGCAUAUGAGUGAAACUAAAACCCAGAAGCCAAUAAACAACAACGAUGACCCACGUACAAGUGCACCUCAUGGCACUGAUGCUGACUCCAUUCCAAACAUUCUUCCAGCUGGCAUUAAAGAACAAAUUCCAUCACAGCCAGCAGACGUUUCACAGCAAUGUGAAAGACGUCGUCUGUCUGCGGGCGAUAGCAUCACGUUGAAUGAAGACAGCAAUGUAUCUGCUCACAGUGACUCGUAUAUCCAUACUAGGUCAAGUCCUGCUGGACUAGUGGAUAGACCUAAAAGUGUGAUGUCCACCUCUAUAUCAACAGCAUCCACGGAUGAUAUAUUGAUAAUGCUCAGUUCUGAUGAAGAGAUAGAUGUUUGUGAUACAGGUGUCCCUGAAGAGAUACAAAAAGAGGAAAACUGUCAGCCAUUUGUUGCACAGACCUACUUGCUCAUUCAAGAAACAGCUCCAGUUAAAAAAGAAAGUAAAAAUUUUUCGACCACCAGGUUAACGCGUCACAAUCAUUUGGAGAGGAUGAGGAGGUCCAAACUGAAAGCUCUCUUUGAGGAUCUGCAAGUGGAAGUAUUUAAAGAAAAUGGUUUGCCUGAAGAUCAUGUCAUGUCUAAGGCUAAUGUCCUGAUUGAGGCUAGAAAGGUGAUCCUCAAGCUGUGCAAGGAGGUUAAGAAAGGAGACAGCCAGCGUAGAAUGUAUCAGAAGAGGAAUCAUGAAUUGAAACUCGCUCUGAGGAUUUUACAAAAUAUGUCCAAGAAAGAGAAAGUGCCAACUGACGAGCCAGUCCUACCUGUGAGCGACUCAUCAUCAUUGCAACCUGGCCAGGACAAGGUGGAUAAGGACGAUUGUGUGGACUUGGUGUCCUCAAGCUCAGAGGACCAGGCCGAUGAAAAUCUAAGUGACCAUGAUAUGGAAUAAAUUCAUGAAAGCUCAAAUGACCAAUGACCAGUAGAUGCAAAACACUAUACGAAGGGAGAUAAUGUAAAAAAAAAAAAAAAAAAAGAAAAAUAUAUAUGUUCUUGUUUUGUUGUCUAUAGUUGUAAAUUGUUGAUCACAUGACCAAUGUAUGCUGUAUCAGCAUGGCAAUCAUUGUGUGCCUAAGGAUUCCUGUUACACAAUUUUUGUUUUGAUAGUUCAUCUCUGAGAGAAACACAAUUUUUGUUGUUUUUUUUUAGCUCAUUUCUGAGGCUGCACUAUUCUGUUUCAUCAAUGUAAUAUAUUUAUCUGUGUUUGAAUCUCGGCCCCUUGUGUAGUCCACAAGAGUAGAGAGGCCCACGCAAACACAACUCUCAUUUUGUUGUAUUGUUUAUAUUCAUUUUACUUGAUACAUUCUUGUCAAAUAAACUCAAAUUGUAUGCUGCUUUUUUUUUUUUUCUAAGUCUUAAAACUAUUGAACAGUUACUUAAAGUUGUAUGUAGCCCAUGGAAAUGAAUAUUUUUUGUGUGAGUGUAUAAUAGCGUCUUUCAUUUCUUCAUGACUACAGGCAGCAUUCUGUAUUUUCUUACGCUGGAUCCAAGGCUAACAGAAUGUUCUAUGUAUUUGAUGUCAUCCACGUUGAUUGGCUAUAAUUAAAUUAUUGAAGACAUAAUA